UAUAAGUUAAAAAUUUAUCAUAUUUUUUUUUACCAGUCAUCAUUAAUAUUUGCUAUUCAAAUUGGCUAUUCACUCAUUUUAAUCUGUCCGCUCGUUGUUUAAUGCUGAUGCUCUGCGGCGACAGACCGCGGACGUCCGCCGCCCUAGCUCGGGCCAGAUCCAGCGCCAGGCCUGCAUGCAUCCGCUAUAUUUAUGCAUGCUGAUCAUGAUCUGAGAGCUACCACUGCACUGGAAACGCUCCACUACACUGGAAGCGCUGCAGCUGGAGACUGCGGACGCUGAUGGAACUCCAUUGAACUUAGCGCAAAUGACAAGGUAUGAAAUGCUAGUGAGUGUGCAGCCAUGGAGCAAUGUUGGCUUGACACCCUCCAGGGCCUCAUUCCUUUGUCCGGACUGACUGACCUUCUCUCGGCCACUGAUGACCUCCAGUCCUUUGCCUUGGCCAUCUUCGUCGUGGGUCUACUCUCCUUCACGGUGGUCUGCCUGGUCUUUGGUCUGCUUCGCAAUGGAGUGAGGGCGCCAGACAAGAGGGGAGGGGAGAAGCAGGGCGGGGCCAGGAGGAGGUGUGGUGGCCAUGCUGCCAGGGGGGAUGAAGCUGUGUAUGGGCCCUUAGCUACGGGUGCUACCGUGGGACAUACAAGUACCAAGCGCUGGAUUACACACCGCAAACAUGAGCGCUCUUUAUCCAACAUGAGGAGGGACAGUCCACGUUCUGGUGGUGAGGUCAUCAUUUCUUGUAGGGAAAUCCCCCGGUUGCAACCCUCCCUUUCCUGCAGGAGCUGCGGUCUCUUGCAAGCCAAGAGGAAGUGCAGCUACAAGCAGUGUGGGGCGUGCUGCCGUGCUAACAAGCUGUCCAUCUGUUCAGCCCAUGGGACAGGGGAUGCUGCAGCCUUGGGUAUGGUGGAGACUGCAUGCGAGGAGAAACAGGUGGAAGUAGACAUAAGUUACAUGAAUCUGAAAUGCUGCCCUCAGCUGAUCGGUUAUGUGGGUCGCCAGCUGACUGUUCUAAAUCUGUCCAACAAUCGGCUUGUCUCACUGCCAGAGGAAAUAGGCCUGCUGGGCGGAUUAGAGCAACUCUUCCUACAGUACAACUGCCUUGAGAAACUGCCAAAAUGCAUAGGUAACUUCAGUCACCUCCAGGAGCUAGAUUGCAAGAACAACCACCUCCAGUCUCUGCCAUCCACCCUGGGUAGACUGUCCAUCCUCGUCAUUCUCAAUGUGACCAACAACCUACUGACCGAACUGACCGGUAGCAUCGGUCAGUUGACACACCUAGAAGAGCUAUGUGCCCAUUCCAACCAGCUGACCUCAUUACCGGACGAGAUGUGCAACCUGGUCAAUCUGACCGCUCUCUAUGUCGGAGAGAAUCAUCUGCGGAGUUUGCCCUCUGCCUUUGGUAGGCUGGUGCGUCUGACUGAAUUAGAUCUGUCAUCCUGUGAACUGACCCACCUCCCAGCAUCUCUAUCAAGAUGUACUUCACUCAACAAAGUCUGGCUCUCAAACAACAGAUUGACAUCCUUACCAGAUCAGAUAGGACGUCUUCAUCGUUUGAAGGAGCUACAUGUUAGAAACAACCCUCUCAAGUACUUCCCUGCCUCCCUCUCCUACCUCCAACUCUACACAUUCAGUGUUAAUCAGGACAAGCUCUUAGAUGAGUGGGACCAGGAGGUAACAUCCAAGCUGACAUUCCGUCCUGAGACCAGUGUACCACCCCUACAGGAGCUAGCAGCACGGUGCAUCUCAAGCAGUGGGGUCAACUGGAACAAGGGGGAUCUACCUGCAAAGUUAUCAGAAAUGUUGCAGAACGUGCGGCAGUGCUCGUGCUGUGAAGGACCCUUCUUCACGUACUACAGCUCAGAGCUGGUGUUUGCAAACAUUGGCAUCUUUCAUCGUGUACCCCUCUACCAGCAGAUCUGCUCCCCGUACUACAACAUCCGCUGUCAGCCGGUGACAUGGAAUGUCCCCCACCCCCACCAAGUCAAUGACUGAUGAUGUUGAUGAUGAUGAUGAUGAUGAUGAUUGUGCAGACAUCAAACCAUCCGAUGCAGCAAUCGUUGUGAUUGAGUGUUGAAAGGGAAUCAUGGGUAGUAGGAAGGGGCUUGAUUAUUUGUCUUUGGUAAAGAUGGGAGUGAUGAGGGUGGGGUGAGUAUGGGACUGAUGUAGGCUGAGGGGAACCUUGGUUGUUGAUUAGGAAGGAUGAUGAUGAUGUUGACAUGGAUUAUUAGUAUUGUUGAUGUGAAUAACAUCAGAGAUGGAGGGUUUAUGUAAGACCAUCACAAACAAUGACUGUGUUUGAUAUACGGGAUGGUGAAAUUGCGUCAAUGACAACAAGGAUAGUCGCAGGGGUGCUGAAGAUGGAUGCCACAGUGUUGCUAGCAGCAAUGAUUGAAAGCUCAAAAGAUUGAAGGAUGCAGGUAGACACUCAAUAUGAGGCUACAUGUGUGUACAAGAAGUACAUAUAUGUGUGCCAAUUGAAGAUGUUCUUGAGGCAUUUGUUUGAGGGUUGAAGAUUAAUGAAUGGUUCAUGAUCUUAAACAUUAAAAAUGCCAUCUUAUGAGAAGAAAGUUAUUUAUUUGUAUCGUAGUCUUUUUGUGUGUUUUGUAUUGAAUUAUACCUUUCCAACAAAAUCUACUCAUUUUGUGCAAUUCCAACUCUGUGUUAAAAUUCAAAUAGUAUCUGCGUUAACUUUAAUUUUACCAACUUCACUGUCUUUUAUCUUCAUUUGAUAUUCAUGGUAAUGAAGUAUUUUAUUUCCAGCUUAGUUGAUGGCGAUGAUGGCAAACCCCUAAUGUCAGCAUGCAGUAUUUAAUAUCUUUAGUAGCUAAGUCAGGUGGCUGUGUUGUGAGUAUUUAUAUCUUUGAAUGCCACUUCUUAUUGGUGUUGACUGAAAUGUUUGCCUUCAUUUUGCUCUUGUGGCAGAUGUUCUGAAUGUGUUGCUUACUUAUCUUAUCUUUGUUUGUUUUUUCUGGUUUGUACAAGCAAAGUAACUAUACACACAUCUGUGAAUACAAUGAUAAUUUCAAAGAUUUGUCAAUUUUAUUUGUAUUAUGUUGUCAUGAUUACCCACUUAUAAACUAUAGAGUCUUCUUUGAUUUAAUUUGGAAUGACUGGGUGUAUGUCUUCUGACGGCUGUAGAUUUGACCUUAUUAUCAUGGACUUCAUUAAUAGUUGUCUGGUAAAAUAUAUAUCAGGUGAAAAUGAGCUGGCCCUGCUUUUGCAAACAUAUACAUGUAUUGUGGAUAGGCUGUGUUACUUUUGGUUAAUACUACUCACAAAAAUAUCUAUGUUCCUGGCAUAAGAAAAAUCUUUUUUAUGCACAUACAUGUAUUAUCUGUAAUUUCCUGUGCAACAUCCAAGAUAACUUUAGAUGUUCUGUAGAUUUAUGAGGUAGAUUUCGUACAUAGGUGUACAAGUUUAUUUUAAUUUGUGUUGUGAAAAAGAAAACAAAGUUAAUGCUACUUUCAAUGUGUUACACAAAAUGUACUAUUCUACGGAAAGAUUGAUCAUGGUAUAAAAUGUGCAAUUAUGAUGAAACUUCUUUAUUUUUAAACAAAGACUCUUUGUGUGUCUGAACAUGUAUUUUGGUAUUACUGUAUCGAAUGGUUUUAUGUUUAUUUAAAAUUAGUGUUCAUGGAAUUUCAUCUUAUUUCUUCUUGUGUUGUACUUUAAGAAUGUGAUUUUUGAUACUUUGAUACAUACAAAAAUCAAAUUAUAAAAAUUGUCUGUCUGUCAUUGCCAAAAUAACAAUUGUAUGAAUAUUUAUUAUGCUAAUCUGAAAUAUGUUUACAUCGCAAGGUAUCAUUCAACGAAUAAAAGAUGAUUAUAUUCAGGGUUGGAUUGCUAUAGCUUCUUUUACAUGAUAAUGAAGUUAUCAAAUGUGUUUCUACAUUUGAUCAUAUAUUUUGAAAUGUUUUCCAUUAUAUAUCACUUUGAAUUUUUAGUUUUCUUAAUUCUUAUCUCGCUAAAUAGUUUUUAUGGGGAGGGUAUAUUUAUUUCCUUUUGUUUUCUGUGGCAAUUUGAUAUGUAAAUCAAACUGUCUACUUACGUCCAUCAAUUCUAUCAUGCUUUGUGUAUGCUCCGAAGUGGAAGAUGAUCUUGAAUGUCUUGAUAUGAAAUAUCAGUUUUCAUAAACUGAACUUAUAUAUUUCUUUUGUAUGUGUUCUGCUCACUUAAAUUUAUGUAAUGGUGCAAGUUUUAAUUUUUGUUUAACCCUACAAGAGACUGGUCUCGCAUGUUUCAUGGGAAAUGUUAUGCUCAUUUUAUGUUAAAAUCCUAUUGUCACUGUUUUUAUGUAAACUUUUGGAAUAUUUUUAGGCAAAACUUGAAUCUUAGAACGUGUUACUAUUAAUCAAAGAAGUAACCCCCAACCCCAACAGCAAUGUUCUUUUUUAUGAAGCUGUAUUUCAUGUAACUGGGAGUAACUUCAAUCGUCUAAUGAGAAUACUUUUGUCUUGGACUUAAUCAGUAUUACCUAGUCACGCCUCCAGGCAAACUCCAAUUGAAUAAUAAUCAUGAAAACAUUGGACUUUAGGUUUAAGGUAUUUCCCCCUUUUUUUUCUAGCCUGUUUAGUGUUUGAUGUCCGUCUUUUUUAUGUAAACUCGGGUUUGACAACUCAAUACAUGUAGUGAACAUGGUGAAGUAUUUUGUGUACUGGUAAACCUCUGGCAUAUAUACUUAUCCUUGCUGAUAAUGUUGGCUCGCUGUCAUAAGGUGCAAAAGUAAUGACAUUGUUGAAGAUUACUUUGAUCAUUGUUUAAGCUCCAAAAUGGCUCAUGUGAUUAUUGCAUUUAUUUAUUGAAAAAGAUGUUAUUCAACUGGUGCAAUAUUUGUAAUCACUCUAUUUGUGUACUUAAUAAAAGAUUUUUAACGUGAAA